UCUGUUGGAGCAUUUAAUCCGUCACUGUUGUGACAUUUUUCAUCUCGAAUCUCUGCUCUUGCUUUGGAUUUGCUUUCCCCCGGUUUGUGUGAGCUCUACUCUUAAGCUGCACCUCUUCAGACUGGUGCAGGGAGAGCUCCCUCUCCUGUCCCGAGCCCCUGGAAGCGCUGGCUGGGACAGAGGGAUGGAGAUGGAUAGACUCGGGCCUAGGGAUGGAGGAGGAUAAAAAAAUCCGGUAAAAAAACAGAGUAGCAUCAGUGCUGGCACUGGAUUUUGGGUUGGGAAGCAGUUCUUUGGCAGCGCUCAGUGGAGUCCCUCGGCGUGCAGAGUCUCAGUUACCGGGAACACACCGUGCUGGGAGUGCCGGAUCGUUGGAUCUUUGGUAACCUCGGCUUUCGCGUCUGUGGCACCUCAGGGACUCGGGAGGAAGGCGGAGGAGCCCGGGCAGGUCUCCGGGGGCACUUUGGGCUGGGGAGUAGAGGCGCCGAUGCCGCAGCAGCCCCGGGGACAGGCGGGGACACCCGGCCCGACUGCGCUGUCAGCGCUGCCGGAGGUGCGGAGCCGGGCGGGAGCACACCUGGGGCCGUGCGGGGCGGGCCCCGCUGUCAGGAGCGGGCGGGGGAACGGCAGACAAAGAGCAAAGAGCCGGGGCCGAGCGGGCACCGGGGCCAGGAGGGGGCGGCCCGGGGGCGGGGACGCGGCGGGGGCGGCGGCCAGAGGCACCGGGGAGCCGAGCCGAGCCGAGCCAAGCCAAGCCAAGCCCGGGCGCGGGCGGCGGAGGCUCGGGCUGCACUCAGCCACGAACAAAAGGCUCCUGGAGCUGCCCGCCCCGAACGGGAUUCGCGAUACCAUGUCUCGCUGCAGCCCCUGGGCGCUACUUUUCGCCCUGGGCAGUCUGAGCGCUGCACAGCCCCGAGACCGGCAGGGUUAUUUGAUUGCAGCACCUUCUGUUUUCCGAGCUGGUGUGGAGGAAGCCGUAAGUGUGACCAUCUUCAACUCUGCCAAGGAGACAACAGUCCAGAUCCAGUUAGUGGUCAAAGGAGAAACUGUGGCACGAAGCCACGGAACAGUUCUGGAUAAAGGAACAAUUAAACUGAAGGUGCCCUCAGGGCUUCGUGGACAAGCCCAUUUGAAAGUCUGGGGCAACAGGCACCUGACAGAGGAAGGGUACAUCUUCCACAACUACACCACAGUCACUAUUGACAGUAAAGGGUCCUCAGUGUUCAUCCAGAUUGACAAACCUGUCUAUAAACCCAAGCAGAAAGUGUUGAUAAACCUCUUUAUGGUGACUUCUGACUUGAGACCGGUCAAUGACAGGAUUGAAGCUUAUGUGGUGGAUCCUCGGGGGUCACGGAUGAUCGAGUGGAGCAAUUUGAAGCCAUUUUGUUGUGGUAUUGUCAAUAUGACUUUUCCUCUGUCUGAUCAGCCAGUGUUUGGGGAAUGGCUCAUCUUUGCUGAAAUGCAGGGACACACGUACAACAAAUCUUUUGAAGUUCAGAAAUAUGUAUUACCAAAGUUUGAGCUGCUCAUUGACCCCCCUCGCUACAUUCGGGACCUCUCACUGUGUGAAAAAGGAAUUGUCCAUGCCAGAUACACAUUUGGAAAACCAGUGACAGGGAAGUUAAUUGUCAAUAUGACUAUAAAUGGUGUGGGGUACUACAGGCAUGAAGUGGGACACCCUGUCCUCAAGACCACCCAGAUUGAUGGCUCUGCUGUUUUCGAUGUGUGUGUCAAAGACAUGAUGCCAGCUGAUGUCCCAGAGCAUUUCCGAGGCACAGUCAACAUCUGGGCCACACUGAUUAGCUCUGAUGGGAGCAAACAAGUCACAUUUGAUGACUCAACACCUGUCCAGAAACAGCUGAUUGAUAUCAAGUACUCCAAGGACACCAGAAAACAGUUCAAACCUGGACUGCCUUACAAAGGGAAGGUAGAAGUCACUUACCCUGAUGGAAGUCCAGCUGACAGGGUCACCAUCCGAAUUAAAGCUGAGCUCACACCAAAGGACAACGUUUACACAAGUGAACUGGUAUCAAGGAAUGGCCUGGUGGAGUUUGAAAUCCCCUCCAUCCCCACAGCUGCCCAAUAUGUCUGGCUGGAGACCAAAGUGACAGCAAUUGAUGGGAAACCCUCUGGGGAUCAAUAUCUGCCCAACUACUUGUCCAUCAGCAGCUGGUACUCGCCCAGCAAGUGUCACAUCCAGCUCCAGGCACCAGACAAACCUUUCCAGGUAGGAGAGGAGGCUUGGAUUGCAGUGAAGUCCACAUGUCCCUGCAACUUCACUCUACAUUAUGAAGUGGCAUCGCGAGGCAACAUUGUCCUCUCGGGACUCCAGCCCAGUAACGUCACCCAGCAGAGGAGCAAAAGAGCCACCUUCCCCUCUGAGAAGAACAUUGGUAUCACACAUUUCCCAGGAACAGCACCUACCAGCACACCUACAGCAGAGGUUGAGGUGUGUGUGACAUUCCUGAGAUUCUCGGUCCUUCACUCCAUGACUCCCUUGGGCCGUCUCCUGGUGUACUACGUGAGGGAGAACGGGGAGGGGGUCACAGACAGCCUGCAGUUCACUGUGAACUCCUCCUUUGAGAACCAGGUUGCAGUGGUGCUCUCAGCAAAUGAGACCAGACCUGGUGAUGUCGUGAACAUCAAGAUCAGAGCUGCAAAAUCGAGCUGUGUCUGCAUUGCCACUGUGGAUAAGAGUGUCUACCUGCUGAAGACAGGCUUUCAGCUGACAGCCAGUCAGGUUUUUCAGGAGCUUGCAGAGUAUGAUGUAUCUGAUGCUUUUGGAGCUCCAAAGGAGGAAGGGCACUUCUGGUGGCCAGGCAUGUCCUCACAUAGACGCCGUAGAUCUUCAGUCUUUCCCUGGCACUGGGACAUCACCAAGGAUGCUCGCUUCGCCUUUACAGAAACUGGUUUGGUGGUAAUGACUGACAUAGUCAGCUUGAACCACAGGCAGAAUGGAGGAAUGUACACAGAUGAGGCUGUUCCAGCCUUCCAGCCACACACUGGGACCUUGGUGGCCACAAUGCAUUCUAAAAUAACAGCAAGCAGAGCAGAGAAGAGAAAAAGAACCUUCUUUCCCGAAACAUGGAUUUGGCAUUGCCUUAAUGUCAGUAACACAUCAGGGGAAGCCCAGCUGCACGUGGACGUGCCUGACUCCAUCACCACCUGGAUCACGGAGGCUGUGGGUCUGUCUGAAGAGAAGGGUUUGGGCAUUGCCAGACAGACAGAGCUGAAGACAUUCAAGCCUUUCUUCAUUGAUUUCACCCUGCCCUACCACGUCAUCCGGGGGGAACAGACCAAAAUCCCACUGACUGUCUACAACUACCUGGCUGUGUGUGUAGAGGUCCAUGUGAAGAUUUCUGUCCCAAAAGGUAUAAAGUUUGUUGGACAUCCUGGGAAGCACCAUCUGACAAGAAAGAAGUGCGUUGCCCCCGGGGAAGCCAAACCCACCUCUGUUGUUCUCUCCUUCAAUGAGCUGGGACUGAGCAACAUCACUGCAAAAGCUUUUGCUUAUGGUGGGACUAAUUGCUGUGAGGAUGGCAUGCAGAGCUUAAAGAAUGACAAACACUCAGAGGACACUUUCCUGGACAAAAGAACCCCAAUGGGAGUGGAUUAUGUUCGUAGUAGUGUGAUUAUUGAGCCAGAGGGACUGUCCAGAGAAUACACCUACAGUGUGUUCUUCUGCCCAAAUGAGAAAAUCCACAUAUCUACACCUAACAAAUAUGAGUACCAGUACAUGCAGAAACCUGCCCAGAUGACCCACUUUGAUAUUGCUGUGAAAGCCCACAAUGAUGCUCACCUGGCCUUGUCCUCUGGUCCCCGCGACAUGGCAGAGAUGACAGAGAUUGUUAUUGGUGGACAUCAAAACAGCAAAACAUGGAUUUCCGUAAGCAAAAUGGGUGAACCCGUGGCCAGCAGGGACACACCUGGGAUCCUCUCCUGGGAUGAAUUCCGCAGCUUCUGGAUCAGCUGGAAAAACGGAAUUAUCCAGGUUGGCCACGGUAUUCGGAUGCUAAAUGAGUCUAUUAUUGUGGAGUGGACAGUCCCCAAACAGCUUGAGGUGAAGUACGUUGGCUUUUCCACAGGCUGGGGGUCAAUGGGAGAGUUUAAAAUUUGGAGAAAAGAAGAGACUGAUGAAAAUCACAAUGAAGCAUUUACUCUUGGAGUUCCCCACAACAUAAUUCCAGGAUCAGAAAGAGCUACGGCUUCAAUCAUAGGAGAUGUGAUGGGUCCUACUUUGAACAACUUGGACAACCUUCUACGAUUACCCUUUGGCUGUGGGGAGCAGAACAUGAUCCAUUUUGCUCCCAAUGUUUUUGUCCUGAAAUAUCUGCAGAAAACCAAACAACUCAGUCAUGAGGUGGAGAUCGAAGCUACUGAUUACCUUGUUCAAGGCUACCAGCGCCAGCUGACCUACAAGAGACAAGAUGGCUCAUACAGUGCUUUUGGGGAGAGAGAUUCAUCAGGGAGUAUGUGGCUCACGGCUUUUGUCCUCAAGUCCUUUGCUCAGUCUCGUGGGUUUAUUUUCAUUGACCCAAAAGAACUGACAGCUGCCAAAGACUGGAUCAUCCAGCACCAGAAAGAAGAUGGUUCUUUUCCUGCUAUGGGCAGGAUACUAAAUAAAGACAUUCAGGGUGGAAUCCAUGGGAAGAUCUCCCUGACAGCUUAUGUGGUUGCAUCUCUUCUGGAAACAGGUGUCACCUCUGAGGAAGAAAGAACAGCUGUUGACAAAGCAAAGCACUUCUUAGAGUCCAACCUGUACUCAGCAAAAGACCCCUACACCACUGCCCUGACUGCCUAUGCCCUGACCCUGCUGCACAGCCCCUCUGCAGCAGUGAUGCUGCGCAGGAUGAACAGCAUGGCCAUCACCCAAGAUGGCUUUACACACUGGAGCCUCACAGGAACUCUUGUUGCUGAUGAAGAUACUUUCAUGGGAUUUAAUGAUGGACUCUCUCAAUCAGUUGUUUCUGCAGAGGUGGAAAUGACAUCCUAUGCCCUUCUGACCUACACACUCCUGGGAGAUGUGGCCUCUGCGCUCCCCGUGGUAAAAUGGCUUUCACAGCAAAGGAAUGCCCUGGGAGGAUUCUCAUCUACUCAGGACACCUGUGUGGCCCUGCAGGCUCUGGCUGAAUAUGCCAUCCUUUCUUAUGUUGGAGGAGUCAACCUGACCAUUUCCUUGGCUUCUACUAAUCUAGACUACCAGGAGACAUUUGAGCUCAACAAGAUGAAUAAAAAAGUCCUCCAGACUGCAGUGAUCCCCAGUAUUCCCACAGGGCUGUUUGUGAGUGCCAAAGGUGAAGGCUGCUGUCUGAUGCAGAUUGACGUCACUUACAAUGUACCUGAUCCUGUUGCCAAACCAGCUUUCCAGCUCCUGGUUAACCUCAAGGAGCCAAAGUCAGAGCAGCAUCUCCAGGCUCCCAACCCCCUGAACUCUGGCUCUCCAGAUGAGAAUCGCUCUGAAGCCUUGCACAGGGAGAGGGCUCUGGGGGAUGAUGAUGACCCAGCAUCAGACCAGGACCAUCGGGAGUACAAAGUCAUAUUGGAGACAUGCACUAGAUGGCUGCACUCUGGAUCCUCAAACAUGGCUGUCUUGGAAGUGCCCUUGUUCUCAGGUUUUCGGGCAGAUAUUGAGAGCCUGGAGCAGUUAUUGAUGAACAAGCAAAUUGGAUUAAAAAGAUAUGAAAUGGAUGGAAGAAAAGUCCUAUUUUAUUUUGAUGAGAUUCCCAGCCAGUGCAUGACCUGUGUCAAGUUCCAGGCUUUCAGAGAGCACAUAGUUGGGAAAACAGCUCCUGUUCCUAUCAAAGUGUACGAUUACUAUGAGCCAGCUUUUGAAGCCACUCGUUUCUACAAUGUGAGUGAGAAUAGUCCCUUGGCUCGGGAGCUCUGUGAUGGCCCAACCUGCAACGAGGUGGAAAGCUCAGCCAGCCAGUGGGUUGGCUUUGUUCACUCUGGGCCUUGCAACAACAUUUUUGGCUGCUUGGAGGACGAGUACUUUGAGCAGUGCCUGUGCUCGCGGGACUGUGGCUACGACGGGGAGCCCGUGUGUGGCUCAGACGGACAGAUCUACCCCAACCACUGCCAGAUGGAAGUGGCAUCCUGCAGGAAUAACACCAGGAUAGAGCAGAUGCCCAUGUCUCAAUGUUCUGCCUCCAAGAAUUUGCCAGAAGAAAGGGAGACACACUCCCACACAGCUGAGCAGCCCAGUGUUCCACAGACUCCAGCAGAAAUCUAUAAUUUAAACCAAGAGAAGAGGCUCAGAAUCAACUCCUGUAUGAGUUUGUUCCUCCAGAUGACCUGCUGCAGAACACAAACUGAAUGAUGAAAUGAUGACUACUUCCUGAUGCCCUCAGAACUGUUGGCUUUGCUGCCCCAUGGGGUGAAUCCGGAGCUCUAAGGGGGACACUCAGCAUGAUUUUUCUGUUGAUUUUCCUGCCUUUUGUGCAUUCUCCUUGGAGCCCUUCCAAUGAUGGGAGACCAAUAUGCUGUGCCCUUUAGGUGAGAAAAAUAGGGGCUGGAAUUCAAACCUAUAGAGCAUUUCCAAGUGUUUUCUCUGCUAUCAGGAUAUACUGCAAGUGCCAUUUCCUAGAUACAUUUAGAAGCUAAGUCCAGGCCUUGUGCUUAGCUGAACUGCUGUUUGAGGAAAGAUGGCUGAGAAGUUUUUGCUCAAAUUAUAAUAAUAAAAAUCAGUGUGUUUUGCUAAUUAUGACAUAGCAAGAGGCUAAUUAUCUUUCCCAGCCUGUAAGUCUGCUGCACCCACAAGAGAGACACUUCCCUGUGGCUCCAUGUUCAGAGAAGCUGUUGGGAGGUACAUUUUACCAGAGAAAACUGGAAUCCAUUGCCAGGGCUGAAAGGCUUUGUGCCUACCUUAUGUCUGCAGGCUCAGGUGGGAGUUUUCCAACUCCAGCAGUGACGAGGAUUAGGUGGGGGAACCGUCUUUGUGUUGCACUAUGUGCUGAUAGGGGCUGCUUGCAGCCUUCUCAGCCCUUUCCUCCUCGAACCUUGGCAUGAAAAUGAAGCUGACCGAGGCACAGUCCUUUUAAAUGUUUGCCUGACUUCACCAAUCCCUUUUAUUCUGCUCCCACUGGGAUCCAGCACAAUGGUUGUUCUGCUCAUGGUACUCUCUGCCCAGCCCAGGAUCUGCUGGCCGGUACCAAUCCCUGGGGUCACAAGCUGGACUCCCUUAGUCUGACCUGCCCCAAGCAACGUGGCAAAACUAAAAACAAAAGCUUUGUGUUUCCAAAAGUGUAGGAGGCCAAGAUUUUUUAGUUUCCCUUCCUGCCUGGAGCAGCAUUGUUCUCCUUGGAGGAGUUACAUGCAAUUGCCUUUUGCAAAAUAGUGUUAAUAUUUUAUCUUACCACUUCUAUUGUUACCAGGACCCAGAGCAGGGUGGAAACUGCUUUUGAGGGUGUUUAUUGGUGAAUGGAAACAGAAAAAAGCCCAGCUCCAUUCAUUUUUAGGGCUUGUUUACACAGGAACCAUGACAAGAAUAUAUCCCAGUAUAGAUAUUCCAUUCCAGAAUAAAGGCAAGUUUAUUCCAGAAAAAUGUCCACAUGGGGACAGACCAGGAGGUAUCCCAGAGGUUAAGCAUGUGUAGUUUCCAGUCUUUUUUGUUUGGGACCAGACAUUUGCAGAAUGUAGUUGACAUGAUAAAGGUCUGGGUCUUGAAGUUCCCAGAAAUUUCAGAGCUGCUUUGUUGGCAAGUUUUUUCAUGGCUGCUCCGAGCUCUCCUCACGGGAUCUUGGCAUGGCUGCUGCUCUGGGUGCCCACUGCUGCCCUGCUGAGGGGUUUGCCACAUGUCCUGGGUAUGCAGGGGGGGGAGAUCUGUCCUCCCUGUGUCUGCACAGCACAGUGGAAGCACUGGUGGCUGCAUUCCUGCCUGGCAGGUAAAUAAAGACCUUCAAACUAAAUUCCAUCUCCUGUAAGCAGCUGACCUGGCUAGACACUGGUUAUUGUGUACACACAUAGGGCUGAGUCAAUAUUUAUCCCCUGGGUAAAUAACAGACCUACUGUGAGCUGCAACAGGAUUUUUUUUUUCCCUUUUCUAAAUCUGAAAGCUGCACAAUACAAACCCUGCUCUUUGCUGGUUCAGGCUUCAGCUGUUUGGUGCUGUGAGUGUGGGAGAAUGAGACAGUCACCCUGCUAAUGUCUGUGAUUGGCUUCCCCUAAAAGUGGGGCCUAUGCUCGGGAUUCUUCAGUCUCCUGUCCUCAGUCACUUUCUGGCUGGACUUUCCUGCUCUCAUCCAUUGUGCAUCUUUGUAUAUCCAUUGAGAGAUGUUUGAAAUAAUUUUCCAUUGCUUGGUCUUCUCAUAGGUCCUUGGGCAGUCAGACAUCCCCCUUGGGGAUGAGGAGGUGAAGGUGGGGAGUUUCAGCCAAGUAUUAAACCUGACUUUCUUCACUUUCCUCAGGCUCUGGUACAUGCAAUGUCCUAAUUCCAGAUUCAGACACCUCCUUGUUUCUGCCAGGUAAAUAAUUUCAGCUGGUGGUGCCAGCCCAUCAAUCAUAGCCCUGUCUGAGGGAUCUGUGUGUGCCUGUGCACUCACCUGCUAAAGGCAGAGGAGUCUUACUUCUGUUUUGCAAUUCAAAGUAAAGCCAGAGAGACCUGGGCCCUCAGAAGGCAAAGGCAGAGCAGCCUUAGAGCCAGACAGAGCAGUUCAGUGUGUGGGAGGUGAUGGGACAGGAUUUCUGGAUCCUGCCUUCAUCUCCAGUGCUUCUCCUCACCUUUGGCACUUUCAGGGCAAGCACAUCUGCUCUUGGCAACCUCUGCCUCCCCUGACUCUCGCCACACCAAACCAGUUCCUUUCUGUACUGAAAAAAAAAGUCAUUUUAUUUAAGGAAUUGCAUAAAGGAACCUGCACUUACACCAUUGUGGUUGCCUUUCCCCUCUUCACAGGAGUAAAGGAGCAGGUCUCUGCUCUCUUCUUCUCCACCCUAGUUCAUGGUCCCUCUGUCCAGAGCUUUCCCCUGUCCCACAUUUGCUCUUCAUGUUUCUUGUCAUCAUCAUUAAUUCUUAUCUAGGAAAAAAUAAUUCUAGAUUAUUUUUUCUCCAUUCUUCAACAUCUUACUUGGAAUACAGACACUCUUUAGGCCUGGGGCCCCGAGAACCACUGGACACAGCACAGCUGUAUCAGACUCCAAGCUGUUCACAGGCUUUGGUCCAGUUCUCCCUCUGGAGCUAAUAAGUCACACUCCUGUCCCUGAGAGCGCACAAGGACAUCCCAGCACUGAGAACUCAGGCCCCCGCUUUGUGCACAUCAGCCAGUCAUAGUUUGGAGUGAAGGAUUGAUUUUGUUUCUUUUUUUCACCAAGGAAAAGACAAACUGGGUCCUGGAAAGCCAAGGCCAGCAAGGCCAGCAGGUUGUUUCUGCCUCAAAAACAAAUUUGCCUCCCUCUGUCAGAGAGAUGUUUCUCCUUUCCUUUCCCUGAUGGUCCCUCACUGCAAAAGGAGAAAAGUGCCAGUGGGUUUGUAAGACACAGAAAAAGCUUCUUCCAUUGAGUUACUGAAUAGCUGCAGCAGUGCUAGUUAUCAGUGAUUGAUGCUUCCAGUCCUUUCAAGGAGAUUAAUAUUUAUAUAUUUGUAACUGUACAUUAUGCAGAGUAAUCAUUACCAUGGUAUUUAUUUUAAAGCAAUGGUUCCCUUGUUCUUUCUUGUCCUAGUGUUUUGGUCUUGCCUCUUUUCCUCCUUCCUAAUAAGCCUCAGUAGAAAACAAAUACCAGAAGAAUGUUCAGCUUGCUUGGUGAACAUCAUUAACAUACCAGCACUUGCUUUGCUGACUGUUGCCUUUUAAUGCACAAUAACCUGGUUUUCAUUAUUGUGAAUAGAGCAACUAUUUAGAAAAACCUCAGCUUGGGUUGGGUUUGUGGUUUUUUCAAUACCUGCUGUUUCUGAGUCCCCACAGCCCUGGAUGCCCCAGGGCUCCUGGUCAGCACCUGGUGCAUCCCCUGCACCCGGAGACUGGCUCUAGUCUUUCACCUGCCCUUUGCCCCUCCCCCCGCCCCCAGAUACAUGCAAGCAGUUCUCUGACCAUUUUUGUUUUGUUCACACAAAUCUUAGCAAGUCUGAGUCCAGAAAAGUGUUUGUUUUAGAUUCUGAUAAAUAUUUUAUUAAAAACUUAUUUUAAGACAA